AUGACGACCGUAAAUGACAUUUUCAUACGUCCUAAUGACGUCAUUUCUAAACGCAAGCGUAACGACAAUAAUUCCGCCGAAAAUUUCGUAGAGAAAAAGAUCAAGAAGAGCUCUGCAAUGUCGUUGUGGCUUUCACCCGCUGCCCACAAUCGAGUCGUCAAGUCGACGAUCACGCCGGCAAAAAAUCAGAAGAAAAAAUUGUCAAGCGAAAAAUAUCCCUUUACGCAGUCGUAUAUUGAUGUGGGACAACGUAACUUUGGUACGCACGUGACCUGCCUCUCGUGUGGUUUAUUGUACACUGCUGGAGAAGAGGAGGAUGAAAAGGAACAUCAGAAAUUUUGCAAGCGGAUGAAGCGUGGCGUCUCGUUUUCAAAAUGGAAAACGGAGAGAAUUCUUAAGACGUUUUCGGACACUAGAGCACGGAUUUUAGAAAUCCGACGCGAGGAUCCUAGAUUUCAGGUAAAGAAGCUGCUGGAGAUCAAAGCAGUACUCGAUGACGCACUGGGGUUUGUCUUGGAGGACGUGUUUUUGCAACGCAGCCACUUUGUUUAUAUUCAAGACCAGCAGGUGGUUGGAUGUGUCAAUACGGAACGCAUCACUGAAGCUUUUACGCUGGACAAGAGCUUGUCAAACAUGGUGAAGGUUGACAAGGAGAGCUCCAUUGUUAAAAAAAGUGUUGUCACUGCAUCUGCCACGUCACAAUUUGCACUUGUCGGUAUUUGCCAGAUCUGGGUACACCCGUCGUAUCGCAAGAGGUCCAUUGCGACCCGACUGGUGGAUAUCGUACGUGAGAAGUCAAUCUAUGGCAUGCGAGUAGCCAAGAAUGUUGUUGCCUUUGCACAACCGACACGGAUUGGUCUGCAGUUUGCGCAGAAGUACAUGAGGCCAUACGACGUGCUUGUUUAUUGA